AUGUCGUGUGACAUAAUUGGGCCUCCAACACACUCUGCAGGAAGAGUUCUUUCCAACAUGGAGAGACCAGGUUUGAUAGAGAAAUUAGUUGUUCCUGGACAUCAAGUUACCACUUCUGUGGGCUUCAUGAGGGGUCAUGGAACAUAUAUGAAAGGAGAAGAUAUCAUAGCCUCUUUGGCUGGUACUGUUCAACAGGUCAAUAGAUUAGUUUCGGUUAAAUCUAUAAAAUCAAGAUAUGGUGGAGAAGUAGGAGACGUUGUCAUUGGGAGAGUUAGAGAUGUACAACAGAAGCGAUGGAAGCUCGACACGAACUCCAGACUCGAUAGUAAUCUUCCUUUGAGCAGUGUGAAUUUACCCGGAGGAGAACUACGUAGAAAAAGUGUUGAAGAUGAAUUAAUGAUGAGAGAAUAUUUGAAAGAAGGAGAUAUUGUAAGUGCUGAAGUCCAACAAGUGAAUUCAGACGGCGUGAUAAAUUUACACACAAGAAACUUGAAGUACGGAAAAUUAGCGCAAGGAGUUCUGGUUAAGAUUCCAUCGUACCUUGUGAAGAGAAGGAAGACUCACUUUCAUUCUUUGCCAUGUGGAGCCGGAGUCAUAAUAGGAUGUAAUGGUUUUGUGUGGAUUUCACCAGAGCUCAGUGAGGAUCCCGAUGGAGGUUACAAUCAAGAUUUAGAGGUUCUAACAAAACCAACACGGAAAGUGAUGGCCCGCCUUGCUGAAUGCAUUCGAGUCCUGGCAGAAGCUUGUAUUUAUGUGUACGACACCACUAUUAUGCAAGCAUACGAAACUUCUCUACGCUUUAGUGUUCUAUCCCUUGCUCGACCUGAAGUUGCCGCUGAAAUCGCGGAAGAAGUUGUUACUAAAAUUCAGAGCGAGAUGGAAAUUUGA